GUGACCGGUAUACUUUAAAGAUAAAGCUAAAUUUUUCCCCAACUCUUAUCAAUCAUAGCACUCCUCUUGAUUGUCCCAAACCACAGAAUUCAACAUGGGUGAACCCAAAUCAAUAACUCAGUCAUUUGUAGCUCAGGUGACUCCUGCCAGGAUGUUCAAGGCCUUAAUCCUCGACUCCCAUAAUAUCUGCCCCAAGCUCAUGUUUUCAUCAAUCAAAAGCAUCGAAUAUAUCGAAGGUGACGGAGAGGUUGGCUCCAUCAAACAGAUCAAUUUCACUGAAGGAAGUUCAAUAGGAUAUAUGAAGCAUAGAAUAGACAUGCUUGAUAAGGAGAAUUAUAUGUGCAAAUAUACAUUUAUAGAUAGUGAUAUAUUGAUGGACAGGCUUGAAUAUAUAACAUAUGAGGUGAAGUUUGAAGGGCAUGGCCAUGGAGGGUGUGUCUGCAAGAUCACAAGCGAAUUCAAACCAAAAGAAGGUGUAGAGAUCAAGGACAUUGACAUUGAACUGGGGAAGGACAGAGCUAUUGGAAUGUAUGAAGUUGUAGAAGCUUACCUCAUAGCACACCAUCAUGAUUAUGCUUAAAAAGUUCAGUUCUGCAAUUUUUUUUCUGGAAUUUCCAUCUCUUGUGCAAGAUAUCAGGGUGAAUCUCUGGAUCAAUCUAUGUUAAUACAUUUAACACACUUUUUAUUUAUUUCGAU